UUUUCUCUAAACAGUACAACUACACCUUUACGUUUCAACUACACAAAGCUAUGUUUGUACAUGAAUAUAAAAUACGAUUGUGUUGAUGAAGCGAUCUCUGCAGCUUUGGCGGGAAAAAAAUUGAAUUCUCAUUUAGGCGAACGCGCAAUACUUGUUGAGAGCGAUCCUCCAACCGCCACAGAUCGAGUAUCCAAGAAAGCUAUCUAACCACGCUGGAAACACGCGGUUCUGACUGAGUUUAGUCCAACCCAGCUGUUACUUGUGCGUUGUUAAAGAAUUCUUAAUUGAGUGUAUAAUUUUCUUAACAUUUUUAUUAGAACAUUUCUAACAGUUCGGAACUUAAUUCAAGCUAGUCAAUAUGGAUCAAAACAUGAGUGCAAAGGCUGUGAGACAAGCUUACAUAGAUUUUUUUAAAGAAAGAGGACACGAAUAUGUCCACUCUAGCUCAACAAUUCCUCAUGAUGAUCCAACAUUGCUGUUUGCAAAUGCUGGAAUGAACCAGUUCAAACCAAUGUUUUUAGGCACAGCAGACCCUAAUAGUGAUAUGGCUAAGUGGAAAAGAGUAGUUAAUACUCAAAAAUGUAUCAGAGCUGGUGGAAAGCACAAUGAUCUUGAUGACGUGGGCAAAGAUGUUUAUCAUCAUACAUUUUUCGAAAUGAUGGGAAACUGGUCUUUCGGGGAUUAUUUUAAGAAAGAAAUAUGUCAUUGGGCUUGGGAAUUUUUGACGAAGAUUAUGAAGUUACCUGCUGAUCGCUUAUAUGUCACUUAUUUUGGUGGUGAUGAGAAAACAGGUUUGGCUCCUGAUGACGAAUGUAAACAAAUAUGGCUUUCAGUAGGUGUACCAGCACACCAUAUUUUACCAGGAAGCAUGAAAGAUAAUUUCUGGGAGAUGGGUGAAACUGGACCAUGUGGUCCAUGCAGUGAACUUCAUUUUGAUCGUAUUGGAGGUAGAGAAGCUGCUCAUUUAGUAAACAUGGAUGAUCCAGACGUCUUGGAAAUUUGGAAUCUUGUGUUUAUUCAAUUUAAUCGUGAAUCUGACGGUAGUUUACGUAACUUGCCGAAAAAACACAUUGAUUGCGGUCUUGGUUUGGAAAGAUUGGUUUCAGUUAUUCAAAAUAAACGUGCUAAUUACGAUACUGAUUUAUUCAUUCCACUGUUUGCUGCUAUAAAGAAAGGAACUGGAGCAAGAGAUUAUACUGGAAAAAUUGGAGAUGAAGAUAAAGAUGGAAUAGAUAUGGCUUAUAGAGUUUUAGCUGACCAUGCUCGAACAAUAACUAUCGCUUUAGCUGAUGGUGGAAUGCCAGAUAACACUGGAAGAGGAUAUGUAUUAAGAAGAAUACUUCGUCGAGCAGUUCGUUAUGCAACAGAGAAGCUUAAUGCAAAACCUGGAUUUUUUGGAUCUCUCGUUAAUGUUGUUGUAGAUAUUCUUGGUGAUGUAUUUCCAGAACUUAAGAAAGAUACUCAAGGAAUCAUUGAUACUAUCAAUGAAGAAGAAGCUCAGUUUCUCAAAACUUUAUCUCGAGGACGUAAUUUAUUAGAUCGAACGAUUGCGAAAUUGGAAAAUGCUAAAGUUAUUCCGGGAGAAGUUGCUUGGAGAUUGUAUGAUACUUAUGGUUUCCCUGUAGAUCUUACUCAAUUAAUGAGUGAAGAAAAAGGGUUAUCAGUUGAUAUGACUGCUUAUGAAGAAGCAAAGAAAGCUGCUCAACUUGCGUCACAAAGUAAAGCCGGAGGAGUUGAUGAUCAAAUUAAUUUAGACGUUCAUGCGAUUACUGAACUACAAAAAUUAAAAAUACCUCCAACGAAUGACAGUUUUAAAUAUAAUUAUCAUUCAUCUAAUGAUGUGGAUGCUGAAUAUUCUUUUGAACCAUGUGUUGGAACAGUAAUAGCUUUACGUCGUGCUAAGCAAUUUGUCGAAAAGGUUAUUGCUGGAGAAGAAGUAGGAAUUUUGCUGGAUCAAACGUGUUUCUAUGCUGAGCAAGGAGGUCAAAUUUAUGAUGAAGGAUUCUUAGUAAAAGUGUUAAAUAACCCAAAUGAAGAAAAUACAGAAAUCCGAGUGACAAAUGUUCAAGUACGUGGAGGAUAUGUUCUUCAUAUUGGAACAGUUGGUACUGGUGUAUUAAAGAAAGGUGAUAAAGUUAACUUAAAUAUUGACACAUCUCGCAGACGUUUGAUAAUGAAUAAUCAUUCUGCCACACAUGCACUCAAUUACGCUUUAAGAAGAGUUUUGGGUACUGAAGCAGAUCAAAAAGGAUCACUUGUAGCCCCAGACAGACUAAGAUUUGAUUUUACAAAUAAAGGAGCAAUGACUCCAGAUCAAAUUAAAAAAACCGAAGAUUUUACAGUUGAAAUGAUUAAAGAGAACAAAAAAAUCUAUGCUAAAGAAAGCAAACUUGGGGUAGCUAAAACAAUUCAAGGUCUUCGAGCAAUGUUUGAAGAAACUUAUCCUGACCCAGUCAGAAUUGUAAGUAUGGGUAUUCCUGUGGAAAAUCUAGAGAAAGAUCCUUUAGGCCCAGCUGGAAACACAACAAGUGUUGAGUUUUGUGGUGGAACUCAUCUUCACUAUACUGGGCACAUGAAAAAUUUUAUUAUUGCUAGCGAAGAUGCUAUUGCUAAAGGAAUUCGAAGAAUCGUAGCUUUAACUGGUCCGGAAGCAAUGAAGGCACUAAAGAAAGCUGAUCUGCUUCAAGGAAGAGUUAAUGAAAUUCAAAAAAUUAUCAGUGAAGAUAAAGAAGGAAAACAUUCAAAGACAUAUGCAAAACAAAUUGUAGAAUUAAUUGAAGAUAUAUCUCAUUCUACGAUAAGUGCAUGGAAAAAAGAUUCUUUAAGAACAACGUUGAAGGGAUUGAAGAAAACACUUGAUGAUAAAGAUCGUAUGAUGAAAGCAGCAGUUGCCAAUACUGUUGUUGACCAGGUAGCACAAAUAAUUGGCGAAAAAAUUGGAGUUCCUGUAUUAAUUAAAGAACUUGAAGCAUACAGUAAUACGAAAGCAUUAGAUUCUGCUUUGAAAAAAGUUAGAACAAUAUCACCAGACACCAGUGCUUUAUUUAUAAGUAUUGAUAGAGAUGCAAACAAAAUAUUUGCAUUAGCAUCAGUACCUAAAGGAGCUGUGAAUAAAGGACUAAAAGCAAAUGAUUGGAUUGGAUCGAUUGCCAAAUUAAUGAAUGGAAAAGGUGGUGGAAAACCAGAAGCUGCACAGGCAUCAGGUUCAAAUAUUUCCUGUCUUCAGGAAGCUUUGAAAACUGCUAAGGAAUUUGCUCAUACAAAAUUAGGAAUCCAAGAAGAUCAAUUAGACGCUUCAAAUGCACAAAACAGGUCUGGAUCUAUUCUUCAUGUCAAUGUGGGCAGUACAAAAAGUUAUUAUGUGCUAAUAGCCGCUCAAUAUGGUGGUAAGAAGCUUGAAGUUAAGAAUGAAAGUAACAAAGAAGUAGUUUUGGUUGAAAAAGAUUUCAAGCUCAAAGAAAGUAAUGCAAUUGCUUUUUACUUGGCUAAUUCUUCUUUAAAAGGAGAUGGAGACCUAUACAAAAUGAGUCAAAUUCUUCAAUGGAUGAGUUAUGUUAGUAGUCAUAUACUGCCUCUAGUCCUAGAUUGGAUUGUGCCUUGUUUGGAACAGAAGUCCAUGCAUUCAAGAUCUAAAGCUGCUAAAGAAAACAUUUUAUCAUCUCUAAAGACUUUGAAUGAUAUUUUACUAAACCAAACUUACUUUGUUGGUGAACGAAUCACUCUUGCUGAUAUUUCAAUGUUCUCAGCACUUCUUCCUCUUUACGAAUACGUACUUGAAGCUUCAACUCGUCAGCAAUUCAACAAUGUAACAAGAUGGUUUAUGACUAUUUUAAACCAACAGGAAGUUCAAGCAGUUGUGAAAGGAUAUCAUCUGUGCGAAAAGUCCAUUGAGGGAUCAAAAAAAAAGUAAAUUAAGCAUUAGUUAUUAAAAAAUUUAUUUAAUACAAAUAAAAAUUGUUUACAAUGAAAAUAUACAUUAAUACGAAUUUUCAGCACUA